GUUUCCGACCUGUUCGGUGAUGUCGCAGUCAACAUGCUUCUCAGAGCUGUGCAAGGACCACGCUUUGGUGUCAUUUUUGGUUGCCGUCGUCUAAUAUACAUACAAAGGGACUAAUGAAUUGCUCCAGGGCUUAAGAGUGCGACUCUGGCGAAAGCAUGCCCCGCGAAAUGUGCCGACAGCCACCCUCGCAAAAUGCGACGGGAGCCGAACUUUAGCAUCCUUAUAUGUCAUAUAAGUUAAUUCCAGAAAUAGGGAGGCUAAAUCUACGAGAGCGCGGAGAUACACGUGUGGACACGUUUUUGCCCCUCUCCAGACCGUCGUCAUACCCGUGUGGGGCAGGGAGGGGGGGGGAUGCAUUACGCCAGUGUGAGAAACUUCUUAGGGCUUUAUCUCAUGUUACUCCGUGUGUUGUUAUACCAUGUGUAGCUUCAAUGCUCUUUCGUGACACGUACUCUGAGCGUUGUUCCAACUCGUGACAAAGUUUGCUUGAGGUGACCGAGCAUGGCUUGGGCUUUCAAAGGGCUCAAGUGUGCAUGUUCUUUUGAAAUUGAUUCCUGACUGCACUCUGGCUGCUCCGCAAGUAUGAAGCGGCCAACCCGGCAGCGACCAAGCCUAACGGCGCCUCGGCCUCUGCGUGUCGCCUGAGACGGCUGACGAUGAGAAGUAACGCUACUGCAUGGCGACACGCUCUUCUUGCCGUUUUGCUGAGCCUUAACGCGCUCGUUGUUGCUGGUGAAGCUCAAUGCGGGAACGCGUCUGCUGCUGUCGGCAUCUGUGGAUGCGUGGGCCUGACCAACUCGUCAACGGCUCCGCACAUCCUGGUACGCGCCGGCCUGCGCCCCAGCCUGCCGCUGCUGGCCACGCUCGCCCGCGAGCACAGCGCCCGCGCUCUGCAGCCCAACCCAGAUGAGCGGCUGGCGGUGGUGGACGUGCACGCGCGGGCCGGCAAGGGGCCGGGGAGCAGCGGCGGCGGCAGCAGCAGCGGCCUACAGGAGGAGCUGGCUGAGCUGCUGCAGGACGUGGGCUGGGCAGCGGCGGCGGCGGCGGCGGCAGGCGGGACAAACGUGGACGGCAGCCAGCAGGGCAGCGGGGCCGCGGGUGCCAGCACGUGGGCUGGCGCGGCCUUGGACGACAGCUGGGCCCUGGACGCCGCUUUGGCGCCCACGGCGCAAACACCACUGCCUGCGGCGGCGGCCAGGAGGCAGGCUAUAGGGCUCGAGAGCAGCACACACGCGGCUGGACGGCAGGAGCAAGCUCCGGCGGCAGGCGCUUCUGCCCGCCGCAGCGCUGCUGAGGCGGUGGGGGCGGCUGGCACUGGUAGUGGUGGUGGCACUGCAGCGACAGUGCCGGCGGGAUGGGGCUGGAGCUCGCGGGUGCUGGGCACGGCGGAGUACGCCGUUCGGCCACUGCUCCGCUCUCACGCGGCCGGCAACACCAGCUGGCUGCAGCAGCUCAACGCCUCCGCCGCCGCGGGGGCCGAGCUGCCGGCCGAGCUGCUCACGCCGCGGCUAGGCAGCGCUGAUGGCCCUGCGGCGGCGCCGCUGCUGCUGCUCUACCGCCGCGACUGGUGGCAGCGGCUGGUGGCGACUGGGGGCGUGGGCAGUAACAGCACUGGCAGCAAUGGUCCUGACGCCACGGCUGCCGAGCAGCUGCUUCCCCCCACCUGGGACCUGCUGGUGCAGCUGCUGAGCGCGCUGCGGAACUCGGACCUCGACGGGGACGAUAAAGCCGACCACGUGCUUUGCGCCGAUCUGCAGCCGGGCUGCAAGGGCUGGGCGCUGCUGGCGGCUGUGUAUGCGUCCCUGGCGCAGACGCACGGCACGCAGCAGGGCAUUUGGUUCAACGCCACCGACCUGAGCCCCGCGGUGGGCGGCCCCGCCAUGCAGGCCGCGCUGCAGACGUACGCGGCCCUGGCAGCCAGCAACGCAGCGCCAUUUACGCCGGGCGGUGCGGCGGUGUCACUCAGCAAUGUGAGCGUGUCGACUGAGGAGCUGUUGCGGGGUGGUGGCGGCGAGCUGCCCACGGACGGGAGCGCACCGGCGUGCGGGGCUGUGAACCCGCUCUUUGCCGCGGGUCGCUGCCUGUUCACCAUCGACUGGGCCACGGCGGUGCUGCGGCUGACGCGCGCACACACGCAAGGCAUGUCUGGGCAGCUGGGUGUGGCACCGCUACCAGGCAGCGCCUAUGUUGUGCCCGCGGACACAGCAUCGUCAAAGCAAGCAGGGGGUGCUGCGGCGUCCUCAUCGGCGCUUCUUCCCUGCAACGCCAGCCUGUGCCCGCACGCGGCAGCCAUGCCCGACGCAGCACUGCAGCUGGUGACGGCCCUGACGGCACCGCCCAGCGGCAGCGCCUCGCCGGGGCCGCCCCAGCCCCAGCCCCAGCCGGCCCAGCCGCCGCCUCUGGUCAACCGCGCGCCGCUACUGGGCGAGGCCAGUAACGUAUGGGUGCUAGCGGCAUGGCAGGCGGCGGACGACCUCAUACGGCUGGACGACUACGCCGGGCUCGUGGCGUACCAGCUGGGACUCAAGUACGCAUCUUUGCUGCAGCCGCUCCGUCGCCCCAGCGGUAACAACAGCACCAGCAGCAGUGGCAGCGGUACCGCCAAUAGCGGUGGUGCCAGUGGCGGCACGGGCCUGGCGGCGUUGACGAUAUCGCUGGAGGCGGACGCGGUGGUGGCUGCGGGGCCCAGUGGCCUGGCGCCGGGGCCGGCGGGCGGCUCGCAGCUGGUGGCGCUGGACCUGGAGGCGGAGGACGUGGCGGCGGCCCUGAGGGCUGUGGACGCCUGCUUGCGGCAUCCGAAUGCUGCGGUGGACGUGCAGCUGCCGUUCAGCUCACAGUACAGGCUGGCCCUGGACGACCUCGCAGCGGCGUGGCUGGCGCAGUCGUCUGCCGCGGCCGCCGUGCCGGCAGCAACCGCGUCAGGGAGCAGCAGGGCGCUGGCUCAGGCGGCCGGCAGCGGCAGCGGCGGCACAGACGUGCUGCUGGAGGUGGUGGUGGAGGCCUUUGCAAACGUGACGAAUGCCUUCCCCUACCCCGCCAUCCUGCUGCGGCUGUACUGGCAAGCCACCGGCUUCACGCCACGCAGCCGCGCCGGGGACAGCGGCAGCAGCAGCUCGGACAGGGCAAUGGUGGUGCCGCUGGCGGCGUCGCUAGGCGCGGUGGGCGGAGCGGUGGUCGUAUGUGCGGCCGUGACGGCGCUGCUGCUGUGGCGGCGGCGCGACUGGCGGCGGCGGCAGGCGGCGGAGCUGCAGCAGGGCAAGGGGCUGCAGCCGCCGGGGCCCGGUCCGGCCACCACGCUGGCUGUCACGGAUGUGCAGAACUCCACGCUGCUGUGGGAGGUGCUGAGCGCGGAGCUGAUGGACGAGUGCCUGGCCACCCACCACCGCAUCAUGCGCGAGGCCAUCGAGCUCUACUGCGGCUACGAGGUGUUCACGGAGGGCGACUCCUUCGCGGUGGCCUUCCACGGGCCCGACGACGGUGUCGGCUUCGCGCUCUACGUCCAGAUGGCCCUGCUGGAGGCGGACUGGCCGGCUGAGCUGCUGGAGCAGCCCGACGGCUGCGAGGUGUGGGCGCGCCGCAACACGCACCUCCUGCAGCCGCCGCCGCAUCUGCACCUGGCGCCGCUGCUGGCGCCGACAGGCACGCCGGCGCCCGGGUCCCCCUCGGUGACGGCCGGGCUGCAUACGGGCGGUGGAGGCGGCAGAGGACACAGCAGGGCGCCGUCGGCCUCGGGUUAUGAGAACCCCUUUGCGGCUCGCCUGACUGCCGGCAGCAAAAGGCUGCGCCAGCUUCUCACUGGCGCCGCCUCGCGCUCGCACUCCUACCUGGUGCCCAGCUCCGCGCCCGGGACGGGCCUGGGCCUGGGCUUCGGCGGCUCCCCGCGCGCUGGCGGCUCCGCGUUCUUUUCCCCCGUGGCCAGCAUGCUGCUGCUGGACGGCAGCGGCGCCGGCGGCAGUGGCCACUCAAGCACCGCCGCAGGCGCGGCGGCGCCGCCUGCGGCGGCUGAGGCUGCCGCCGCGCUCGCGGCGGGCCGGCCGCCGCUGCCUGGCCCGUUUGGGUCGUCACGGCUGGCGCGGCAGCAGCGGAACAGCUACAGCGAUUACUGGCCCACCCAGGCCGCGCACGGGCUCGGUUCGCCGCGGCUGGCCACGCACACCGGCGCGGCCGCUGGCGCUGCUGGCGGGGCGGCGGUUGUGCUAGGUGGUGGCGGCUGGCCCGACGGCGGCGGCGGCGGCAUCAGCGCGUCAGGCGGGGCGUGGGGCAAUGCCGGAGCUGGUGGCGGGGCUGGGCAGAUGGGGAGGGUGUGGUCACGAGCGCACACUGCAAGGCGCUCGUUCGAUGUUGGAGCCUCUUCGCUGCACGAAGCUGCCGGCGGUCUGGAGUGGCAGUCGCGCCGCAACGGCUCACCGGCCCAUGGGAGCGCGCGCCUGCUCUCGGAGGCGGGCUUAGGGCUCGGCCUGGAACAGGCCGGCCGACACCGCAGCGCCAGCACCCAAGCCCUCCCAAACCUCGCGCACGGCUGGCGGGGAUUGCUGGCGGCAGCUGACGCGCAGGCGGCAGCAGCUGCAGGUACUGGUGAUGGCAACAACGGCGGCGGCACCAGGGCCGGCCCGGUGGCACUGGAUUCCCCGGCAGCCUCCGUCGCUGUACGCAGCUAUCGCCCACACGGCGCAGUGUCCUCGCCUGCCCGAGCUGGCUGGCCGGGGUCCGGCGCAAGCGCACACUCGGCCAUCGCAGCCCCAGCCUUUCCGCCCGGCGGCGCCGCCUCUGCCUCCCACCUCCUCACCACCAACGCCCUGGCCCCUGCACGGCCGGGGCCGCUGGUGCCGUUCGGGCGCUCGGUGUCAUUCGGGCAUUACGAUGGCGACGGCAGCGGCGCCAGCGAGGUGGUCAUCCACAAUGACCUGUUUGAGGGGCGUGAGGGCGAGCUGGAGGCCGGGCAGCCGGGUGAGACGUGCGCGGCGGCGUGUGAGGACGCGGCGCUGCCGGCGCGCCGCGGUGCCUGCAGCAUGGCGGUGCGCGGGGCAGGCAGGCCGUCCGUGGUGAUGGAGGCGUGCGAGGAGGAGGGUGGUGCCGCCGACGCAGCAGGGGCCGGGGCCGGCGCUGGCGCUAACGCGCCUGCAGCCCUCCCGGGCACGGCAGCCGGCAAGUCCUGGGUGGGGCGCAAGGGCGCUCUGGUGGGCGACAGGCGCGGCAGCGGCAGCUGGCGGCAGGUGGUGCAACGCGUCAUGUCGCCGGUGCUGCUCGCAGCAGGGGCUUCAGCACGCAGCAUCGGCAGUCCCAGCAGCAGCCGCUCGCUGGGCAGCGAGGCGGCUGCCGCACCCGCCCAGCAGCAAAAGCAGCAGCUGCAACAGCAGUAUCCGGUGAGCGCGGGCGGAAGCGCGGCGGAAGCCGGCGCCGCAGCCCCGGGGCUGCUGGCGCGGCAGCAGCGCCAGGGGCCCUCGCAGGGGGCCGGGGGCACCACGGUACAAGGUGCGGGCGCGGGCAGUAUGGGCAGCGGUGGCGGCGGCACCGGCGGCAGCAGCUACUCCAUGCCGCUGCCGCCGCAGAUGCUGCUGCCGAGCCUGUCCCACGCCGCCGCCGCGGCGGGGAUACUUGCACCCGGCGGCCCGGGCGCCCGGACCCACCUGGCCAACCCCAACCCGGUGGGCUACGUGCGGACCCCCCUGUCGCGCACGAGCACCCUGGACACGCCCCGGCCCGGUGGCGCAGGGGCCGGCGCCGGCGUAGGAUCCGCCGGGCAGCAGCUGCCUCCUUCGGGAUCGCUGCUUCGCACUGGCAGCAGCGGCGCGUGGGGUGGCGGCAUCAUGGUGAGCGGUGGCGCCGGCGGCGUGAGUGGCAGCAGGUGGGCUCACGGCGGCAUGCUCCACAGCGGCAGCCUGGGCACCUUUGGUGGCGGCGCCCCCGGAGCGGCGUCAGGCGGGGCGGCGGGAAUGGGUGGAAGCUCAUCACUCGGAUCGUUCGGCCCGCAGUACGUCCACCGAGCGCCGUAUGCAGGCGCGCCAGCCGGCGUGCCGCCACGGCCGCGGCCGCUGCACGCGCUGCAGGCGCCGACCAGCGCGCCCGGCUUCGGCCUCAACAGCCUGGAACGAGCGGGCAACCCCGUUUCAAGCAUGGGCCGUGGCGGCAGUCUGGAGCCGCCUCUACAGGCCGUCAGCGGACCGGACGGCGGCGGUGGCAGCAGCGGCCAGGUCAGCUCCCUUAACACUCCGUCCUCGCCGGGUGCGGUAGAGUACUCGGCCCAGGCGGCGCCGGGUGCCAGUGGGCUGCUACUGCCACCCUGGCACGACCCGCGCCACCGCGGCGGCGGCGGCAGUAGCAGCGCACUGCUGCACCACCAGCAGAAGCUACAGCAGCAGCACCGCAGCGUGCGCAGCGGCGCCGACGGCUCGGUGGGCCUGGUGUCCUCGGAGCGCGAUAGCCCUGGCAGCAUCGGCUGCUACAUAGGUGUGAGCAGCGCGGCGGGACUGAGCCCUGGUGGCGCCGACGGCGGCUGCAACAGCACCAGUCAGCUGCUGAUGUGCAGCAGCGCAGGCUCCUCCGCCCGCGUGACGCCCAGCUGGGGUCUGGUCAUGGGGCCAGCCGCUGCUGGCAACGGCCUUGUGGCAGCAGCUACCGCGGCCGCCGACCACUCCCACAGCAGCAGCAGUGCGCUGGUGCUGCUGGGGCCGUCCGCGACGCGGCUGCUGUCCGGCGACCUCGGCAGUGUGCUGGAGGGCAACGAGGGCGAGGCCGGGGACGGCGGCGGUGGGGCGGAGCCGCGCAACGAGCGGCUGGUGAGCCCCGCGGCCAUGGCCAGCGCUCCAGCCCCCAGCGCUAUUGCUGCGGGUGCAGCUGGGACAGGAGCAGCAGGAGCUGUCGCAAGGGCGCCCGGUGGCGGCAACACAGGCGCGGCCCCUGCAGCGGCCUGUCCAUCACCGAUACACGGAGUACUUGUGGAAGAGGCCAGGUCCGAGGUCGAGGGGUCCAUGGCGAGGAUUGGGUAUGCCAGCCCCGGCGAGGUGACUGCGGAGCUGAGCGCCAGCAGCGAGCAAGCGCUGUCCGAGGGCGCGUUCGAGGUUUCGCUGCGGCGGCAGCCCUGGCGCCAGGGCAGCGGCAGCAACAGCAAUACCGCCAGCACCAACAACAGCACGCGGUACCCUGCCUCCAGCAUGCAUUCGCCGCCGCCGGGCCAGCUGCAAGUGCACAUGCAGACGCCCGGCAGCGAGGACACGGUCGUGGCAGCUAUAGCCUCAGCCGGGCCUGCAGGAGAGGAGGCCGCUCACGGGGACGCUGACUCGCAGUUCAGCUUGGGCCGUGGCCUGCGCCUCAACCUGAGAGCCCUGGUGGAGCAGGCCGAGGCCGAGCAGGCGGCCGCAGCGGAUGGCGGCGGCGCGGGGCAGCAGGCACGUACCUCGUCGGACGGCGGCGGCGCUGGCGGCGGCAGCGGCAGCGGCGCACUGGCUGCGGAUGGCGCCGACACGCCGCACCUGACGACCGUGCCGGCAUGGAGCAGGCUGAUGGCGGGGGGUGCGGACCUCGAUGCUGACGAGGCGGCGGCGGUGUGGAAGGGUGCGGCAGAGGAGGCCGUGGGGGAGGCUCCUGCGCAGUCGCCGCACACGGCAGCGCCUAGUGCGACGGCCGUGGCUGAAAUAAAUGUGGGGGAGAUGGCGGUCAAGGCCCCCUACAAGCCAGGACCUGCCGCCGCGGCCGCCGCGGCCGCGGUCGAGGUCCAAGUACAGGCAUUGGGCCCGGCAGCGAGCGCGCCAGCGUCGCCUACCGUACCCGGAGAGCGCUCGCCAUCGCUGCCCGGCCUGCCGCCGCCGCCGCCUCCCGGGCUAGUCAACGCGCUGCGGCUCUCCACCGCGGCCGCCCCGCAGCCGCAGCCGCAGCCACAGCCGCAGCUGCUGCAGAGGUCACGGCUGUCCUCGGCCGGUGGGCGCGCGGACGCCAGGAGUGGUGGACAUGCGGCCGGCAGCGUGCCGGCGCGGAUGUCGCUGCCUGACCAGGCGGUGCAGGUGCCGCAGCGGCACUCGGGCGCGCGCAUGCCGCCCCAGCUGCGGAGGAGCAGCAGCAGCCUGGAGAGCUCGCUGUCGGCACGCCAGCUACUGGCGGCACAGGCCGCCGCAGCGGCAGCAGCAGCCGCAGCAACAGCAGCCGCAGCAACAGCAGCCGCGGCCGAUGCGGCCCCUAGCCCACCACCGUCAAGACAGUCGGCCACCGGCGGCCAGACUCGUGCUGUGCUGCGUGUCUCGCCCAAGGGCGCGGCGUAUUCAGCGGUGCAGUCCGCCUCUGCCUCGCCAGCAGGCUCUCCCAGCCGCCAGCGUGCCGCCGGCCUGCCGCCACCAGCUCCCAUCACAUCGCAGCGCGCGGCGGACCCUGGCGUCCUACCGGAGCCACAGCCGGUCGAGCUGCCCCCUCAGGGCACGGGCGCGGACGACGGGGUGGACCUGCAGGGCGGGGAUGCAGAGGCGGCGGCAGCGGCGCAUGACUGCCAGCUGGGCGGCACGCUGAGCGGCAGCGGCAGCAGCGGCCCCCGGGAGAUCGUGACCUCCGACCGCACACCGCGCGUCAAGCGCCUGGGCAGCCUGAUUAACGCCUCACUGGCGGAGGCGGCUGGGGCGGUGCCGAGCUCCGCGCCACCCCUCGGCAGCUGGUCCCCUCAUCCCGGCGCGCAGCCGCAGCACUCCCUUGAGGCGUUGUGCGGCGGCGCUGGUGACGCCGCCAACGGUGCCACAGCGCAGCCCGCGCAUUCGCCGCAGAUGGACGACAACGGCGACUGCGGGACAUCUCCCUGGGACGUCACGGCGGCACAGAUGGGACUGGUCUCGGGGCAUGAUGGCGGAGGCUAUGUGCCACGCGCGGGCGCACAGGCACCGGCGCCACAGGUGGCUUCGCGCUCCCGGCGCUGGCAGACGCGUGCGAGCGCCUUGCCGCCGCUGCCGCCCAUCACCUCCGGGGCUGAGUUCCUGCCGUCGCGCCCCUCCAGCAACUUAGCCCCUUUGGACAUGAGCCCGCCGGUGCCCCAGCAGCCGCAGCCGCAGCCGCUAUCGCGGCAGAUCAACACGAGCGCCCGCGCUGCCAGAGACUGCAAGGCCAUGGGAGUAGAUGGGCACCAAGGGCCGGAGGUGCCUCGAGCGGAAGCCGCGGCAGAGCGAACGGAGGCGGACGAAGCGCCGGGCAUAGACUCGGACCUGCUGCGGUGGCGCGACGGCGAGCCGCAAUCCCGCGUCGGCCGGGACUCGACUGGGGGAUUUCUGGGCGACCUGGAACCGGGGCCUGUGGAGGGCGCCAGCAACAGCCGUGGGCGCCGCGGCAGCAGCGGCAGCGGUGCUGGCGCCGUUACCGCGGCUGGGGGUGGCGGUCCCACGGCGCCACUGCAGCCGCUGCCGCCGUCAGCUGCCGGAGCCGUGGCACCGGAUGCGGCAGCGGUGAACGUGCCUGCACCACCGCCAGCCCGAGACGAGGCAGCUGUGGCCAGUCCCCAGGCGGCGAAGAAGCAGGCAGCCAGCCAUCGUGCCGCCACCGCAGCCGCAGCCGCCACGCCGCAGCUGAGGGCAUCGCCGUCCGGCCGCCGGCAGUCCGACGCCGCCAGCUGCCCGCCUGCACGCCGCGAGGCUCUGCCGCGCUCCCUGUCCUCCGCCGCGCAGCAGGCCACGCAGCAGCUGGCGGAGGUGGAGCGCCGCCGGCAGCUGCGGCAGCAGCAUGAGCCGCAGUGCCAGGCGCAUGGCAAGGAGCAGGGAGCAGGUACCUCCGGCAGCCGGAGCGGAAGGGCCAGCCGCGACAUUGCUUCCAAGGCAGAGGCGCAAUCACUGGAGGGCAAGGCCGCAGCCGCGGCCGCAGCCGCGGACAUCACAGACGGUCGCCGCUUCUUGCCGCCGGCCCUGACCCCGCCACCCGCCGUGGCUACAGCCACGGCCGCCACGGCCGCGGCGGCGCUGGUGCAGGCCAGCGCCGCCAGCGGCAGUAGCAGGGGCCCGGCUUCCAGCAGCAGCUCGCGCUACAGCGGGCUGGCGGGGCUGGCGGGGCUGGAGGGUCUGGAGGACGCCCUGGGUCCGCUCAUGGAGUGGCGCCACGUGGUGGAGUGGUGUGUGGACGCCGACGACAUGGCCGAGGAGGAGGAGGACGAGGCGGAGGUCGACGAGGAGGAGGACGCGAUGGUGAGGAGCGAGGCCGGCGACGGCUUCGGGGUCGAGCAGGCAGACCACAGCGGGCUCGGCGGCAGGGGCGGCGGCAGCACAAAGCUGUCCACGCUGCAGCUGCAUGUGCAGGGGCUGCGGCACCGCCGCAACGCGGCCGGCGUGCACGGCAGUGGGUCGCACAAUGCGGUGUUCGGGCCCACAUCCACACGCGGCGGCGGCGCUGCGCGGCGCACCAUGGACGGAGGCCCGCCUGGGCGUGUGGGUGCGCGAUCCACAGUCAUAACAGGAGCGGGCGGCGGCCGCCACCCGCCGCCAGGACAGCCGCCGCCGCCGCCGCCAGGGCAGCAGCCGCAGCAGCCGGCUCGGCGCACCACGCUGGAUGGCCAGCCCCUGCACAUGCCGCUGCCGCUGCCGCUGCUGCCCGCCUUCGGCCUGUCAGGGCUGCUGUCGGGGGGCGCCGGCAGCGGCCUCAGCGCCCUCAAGCGCGCCGCAACCACCAUCACCGACAAGCUAGGCGUGGGGCAGGCCGCCAGAGGUACCACAGGGGCAGCGGCAGUUGGUGGAGCCUCUCCGCUUGCGAGCACCGGUGCCGACAAUAAUGCCAGCUCCGGUGAUAAUGCGAUCGCGCCAGGAGCGGCUGCGGCCCCGGCUGCGGCGGCAGCGGGCGGCCGGUUCGGUCUGUUGCGCGGCCAGCUGCAGCGCCACCUCACGCUGACGUUGCCGGACGGGGAGGAGCCGCCGACGGCAGUGCGGUCACCCGGGAGCGGCGGCGGUGCCGGCGGCCUGCCGCUGCGCUCGCCGGCGGGCGCGGUGGCGGCCCCGAUGCUGCGCAGCAGCGGCAGCACGCCCGGCGGCGGCACACCGGGUGGAGCGGUGGUGGGCAGGGCGGGCGGCUCGGCCACGGACGGGGUCGGGCAUUGGGCCAUGGGCGGCGGCGAGGAGGAUGGGCCUCCCAGCAACCGCUCCGGCGGCAUCGGCGGCGGUGCCCUGACGCUCGAGUCCCGCCGCGGCACAGUGGCCGCUGCCGGGCAGCUGCUGUCGCGGCUGGGCGCCGCCGUCACCGCCGCCGUCAAGCAGCUGACGCCCACGCACGCCCAGGCGCCGCCGCAAACGCCAGCAGACCCGACGCCUCAGCAGCACGGCAUCAGCGCCACGGACCCCUUCAAGCGCACCACCUCGACCGGCCUGGCGACGGCGGAGGAGCGCCCCUCCGGCGGCAGCCACCGUGGCACGGCCGCGGCGGCUGCGGCGGUGCUGCGGCGGGUGCUGGGCGGCGGCGGCUCCACGCCGCCCGCAUCGCCGCAAGGCAACACGCUACCCUCUUCGUCGCCCCUUGGCAGCGUCACGCGAAGCAGCCUUUCCAGCCACACGAAGGAGUCAAAGCGGGGGCAGCAGCCCGGGGAUGCGUCGGCGGCGGCACACGCCGACGCGAAUGGCGGCCCAGGGACGGGCUGGAGCUUGGGCGUUGCCGACAUCGAGACAGGGUUGUUGGCGGACGGCGGGCCGCCGGGCGACAUGGGUGCCGCGGUGUCGCUUGGGGUGCGAGCUGCAACCGCUACAGCUGCAUUUGGCAGGCGCAUUCCUCGUGACACCGAGCCUGCGGCCGUGGCCCUGGCGCCUGCGCCUGCGCCGCCGCCACCAAGCGCCGCGUCCUACGCUUCGACCACAGGGGCUGAGGCGGCGGCCAUGGCAGCUGUAAGGGCCUCUGCGGCGGGGCACUUGCCGGAGUCGGGCAGGGUGGCGGGCAGCCUGUGUCUCACCCCCAUGUGGAUGCGGCUGGCUCCCUACACAGUGCCGGCGGCAGCGCAGCACGAUGACCGGGGCCGGGAAUGGGCACAGGCCGGACAGGUUGCUCCGCGCCCCGACGUGGCAGAGGAGGCAGCGGCUGUGGCGCUGGCUGCACAGGGAGGCGUCACCGUCGGGCAUAGCCGCCGCUUCCCCAAAAUGGAUACCGAUGCCGAUGCCGAUGCCGAUGCCGAUGCUUACGGCGAAGCGGAUCCCCAGGUGCUGCUGCCCCCCACGGGCCGCGCCUUUGGCAGCGUCGUCAUGCUGCCAGUGGCCGGGUCCAGCAGCGCCUGGGAGCGUGUUACCAGCAGCACCAGGCGCAGCACCAGCCUCGCAGGCAUGGCGCCCCCGGCGCUGUUGGCUAUGGGGUCCGGACGGGCAAACACCAACACGCUGUCCCAGUCUGGGGGGCUGUCGCGGUCCAGCAUGCCGCGUGUCAGCGGCAUGGGCGGGGCCACAGCCGCGGGAAGCGGCGCAGACGGCGACGGAGGCGGAGGUGCAGCAGGCGGCGCAGCAGGCCUGCUGCUCGGCACCACUGGUCAUGGCACCGGCUCGCGCCUCGGCUUCAGCGCGCUGUCCAUCAACCCCGGCGGCCCGGGCUGGAGCCGGCUGUCGCGGCACCCCACCAGCAACCUCGACACCACGACCAACAACCUGACAGCCGCGGCCGCGGCGGCACUCGCCACGACCACCGAGCCACCCUCGCCGGCGCUGCAAGGCGGCUAUACCAUGCUCAGCGGGUACAGCCAGGCCGGCUACAGCCUUGCAGGCUAUAGCAAUGCCGGCUACAGCCAUGGCGGCGGGUUGGUUGGCGGCGGCGGCGGGCUUAUGCUCGGCGACGGCCGCGAGUCCAACGCGCGGCAGGGGCUGUUUCCGCAGGUGCACACCUCCAACCUGGCGGGCAUGCUGCGGCGCAACAGCGUGACGGGGGCGCUGGCCGGAUUGCCGCCCGGCGUGUCGGCGGGCGGCCUGGGCCUGGGUGGGCUGCGGUCGUCAUUCGCGGACUUGGGCGGCCUGAUGGGUGGCGUGGGAGGAGUCGCGGGUGCGGAGGGCGUGUUCGGGUUCCUGUGGCGCGACCUCAACGCCGCCACCAGUCACAUGGCGGCUGCGGCGGCGACCUACGCCGCCGACGGCGCGCUGUCGGCGGGCAUGGGCGUGCGCGCCGCCAGCGGCUGGCUUUCCUCGGUGGCGACCACCGUGGCGUCCGCGCUGCAGCUCCUGUACGACAGGCUGAGCCCGGGCGAGGUGCUGCUGGCGCAUGUGGCCGCCGGCCCACGACGCAGCCUGGGAGCAGGCGUCGGGGCCGCUGGGGAGGGGAGCGGCCACCCAGCGGCGCCAGGGACGGCAGCCGGCACGCCCUCGCACGCGGGCGGUGCUGGCGCCGCCGGGGCAUCCUGCGGCGGCGGCGGCGUGGAGCCUGAGCUGGUGCUGCGGGGGCUGCGUGUGCGCGUGGGGCUACACUCGGGCCCUGGCGAGGCGGAGGUGGUGAUGGAGGUGGUGGAGGGGGCGCUGGUGGCCCGGUACGUGGGCGACUUCCUGGCAGUGGCCAAGGAGGUCAGCGACUCGGCCAUCGGCGGCAUGGUGGUGCUGAGCGGCGCCGCCUUCCGCGCCUACCAGCAGCAGCUGCGGCGGCGCGAGCGGCACGGCGGCGGCGGCGGCAUGGGGCUGCGGGAGGGCGUGAUGGUGCUGCACGUGGGCGACCACGUCAUCAAGGAGCCGCACGGCGGGGCGGCCGCAGGCCACGACAGCACCAUCGCCAACGCCUUCGCCGACGCGGAGUCUUCCCCGGUGGUCAGCGGCGCCCGCAACAUCAGCCGGACGCAGCGCCAGUCCCUCAGCCGCACGCACUCUGGCUGCCUCCAGGCCUCGCCCAUCAUCGCCGCAGCACCGCGCGCUGCCUCCAUGUCACGGCUGGGCCUGUCGGAUGCGGGCUGUGCGCGGGAGCUGUACGCUGCCGUGUGCCCAGCCAUGGUGGCGCGGCUGGCACUGCUGCCGUCACCGGUCCGCACACACGAGGAGGUAGCUCUCGGCUGCCUGUCCGCGCCCGCCGGCCUGGUGGCGCCCGUGUUCUGCAACGUGCACGGCGUGGAGACGCUGCUGGCCUGGGAGAAGGUGCUGCAGGAGCGCUUCAUGCGCAGCACGACACCGCACAUCGCCACGCCGGCAGCCGUCACCCUGCAGGGUUACGAGGGCGGCGCGGACGGCCGUGCCUCGGCCGGCGGCGCGUCAUCGCUGGCGGCCGCACGCGGCGGCGUACACAGCAGCGCCGCUGGCCCGGCAGCUGCUCGGGCCUGUGUGGUGCAGGUGGCGCUGGCCAUGCUGCGAGACGCGGCCACAGCGGCUGCCCGGCGCCACGGCGGCUACGUGGUGGCCUCGUCCGCGGACGGCGGGCACUGGGUGCUUGUGUUCGGGUGUGCGGAGGCGGCGGUGGGCUGGGGCCUGGAUAUGCUGCAGGCCAUGCUGACGGCGGAGUGGCCGGACGGGUUCCUGGAGCACGAGCUCACAGAGGAGGCGUGGGAAGGCGGGCGGCUUGUGAAGCGCGGUCUGCGUCUUCGCAUCGGCGUGGACUUCGGCCGAGCCAUGGUGCGUCUGGUGCCCCGCAGCGGCCGACUGGACUACGUGGGAAGACCCAUGAACCGGGCAGCGCGCAUCGCGGCGAAGGCGAAGGCGGCGUCGCUGCUGGUGAGCGACGCCGCCUGGUCCGCCGCCCGGCCCACGCUGGGGUCUGGCGUGGCCGCCACCAACCUGGGCACCAUGCAGCUCAAGGGCGUCAAGGAGCAGCUGGAGCUGUGGGCGCUGCGGGCAUGCAGUGCCGCGGAGCAGCCUGCAACGCACAGCGGCCUGGCGGGUGCGGAGACGCAAUAACACUGCGCAACAAGGUCGACAAGGAUUGUCACAUAACCCUUCUGCACUCAAACCCAGUAAUAGUUAGGUUUUACAUGUUGGAUGCCAACCUUGGAUGCACUGCCGUUGAAUAAAAGCAGGGCUUAAGCCUGCAUGAACAACAUAGCAAAUUCCCGCUGCAAGGCCAGGAGCCGCGUGAUUGUCCGGGGAUUACGGUAUGCUGCAUAUUGGGGAGUUACAUGCAUGCGCUGGAAUGCCGCAUUGCGACGUUACUUCCGACUGGUUGGGCCUGUAUAUCCAUAUGAGGGAUGCCGCUGUGACAAGGCGUGGGCUGUGUACGCGAGGGUUUGUUGCCACGGUGUUGGCUUGUCCUAACGCUGCCUGCCAGGCUGGAGUGGCGUCUACAUAGCCAGUUUUGGGCGGAUGGCCGAAAGGAGAUGGCGCGUGCGCACAGAAUGUAAGGGAGUGUCGCGGCCGAUAAGUGUGUGCAUGGCACUUUGAGUUUGAUGGAUCAGGUGGUCAGUCCAAGUGGGCAGGACAAGCAGCCGUUACGUGUGCGGACACUGCAUCGUGUGAUUUCAUUACUCCAGCCCACCCUCGGCCACAGUGGCGCCGCGGCAUGUGAGUCAGUACACAGUAUCUUAAAAGUUAAAAAUCAUUCAUACGUAUCAUGUAUUAAGGUGUGUCGUAAUGGACUUGCGGUUGCGGCGUGCCAGCAGGGGUGCCCCACCCCUGGCUGCCUGUACGGUUGGAGGCAUGGCUAUCUCUCAUAUCUGGCCAGUUUUGCGAGGGUGGCCGAAGAGAUGUGCGUAUGCAGGCGUCUGUGUAAGGCGGCACUUGCUCCCCACUAUCCACAUCCUGCAGCGCAUUGCUCGUGACGCAGUUGCCACCGUACGGACACGAAGUGGCAGAGCAGGCGUACAGACCAAUACCGG